CUCCAGAAGUUUCAGCAGAAGGCUGUGAAGCCAACUAAGCAGAAGAAAUCCACGUCGGCUGAAUUUCUGAUGGUUGAAGAACACACAGAAGCUACAGAAGGUGCCAGGAAUCCAGGUUUUAGCAUGAGCAGCCCAGAACUCUCAGCCUAUCAGACUCCGAAAGAGAAAGUUAUUAGAUAUGACAUGCUGGAUCACACCCUUGCAGCUCAUCGACAAAACUCCAGGCUGCCAGCCUCAGCAGGACCCAAAGGAAAUGAAUACAGCAGAAAUUACUUUGACCCACUGAUGGAGCAAGAAAUAAACUCAAGGCAGUGCUAGAUGGAGGUCAGCAGACGGGGUGGAAGGAUGAAGGAGGAGACACUGGAUCGGGAAUCAUUCAGCUACUCCAGGAAGAGCCCAUAUACCCACAAAGAGGCUGAGGAAGCAACCUCCGCAUACACUGAAGAGUCUGGGAGGCAAACUCAGAGAGGAAUCCUUCUGCUUGCAGACCCUCCAUUAAGGCAGGAUUUGAAAUUUGAAGGAAAAGGAUUCAGCCAGAACAUUCCCAUGUCAUGUCUAAAGAAGGAAAAACCAUUAGAGAAGGCACCCAGUCAGCUGUGCACUGCAGAUGGGAAUCCUUACAGAAAGGGCAGUGCCACGCAGCAGCCCUCAUUUCCAGAAGCAACUAAAGAAUCCCAAAGACCAGAAGGAACUUGCUGCCAGGGUGAGCAGUCUCAGUUGCCUCAUCUACAAAUACAGAUCAAAUGUCUCAGGGGCCUCAAGGACAAGGCUCCCCAGGGCUCCUACCUUCUCAGAGUGUCUCUGCUCAAUCAGCUGGGGGGCCACAUCUCACAGUGGUGUCAAACUGAACAGCUGAAGACGAGAACACACCCCGUUCGUCACGGUGGCAACUUUUAUGAUGUGGGGCUGUAUUUCCACGAAAGCCUUUUCUUGGUACUUCCUCAAAGGAAAUCCGUGAGACCUGGCUUGUCCUUUCUGUUUGAACUCUUCCUUCUCCGUGGAACAUGUGCUUCCAGUGACCUGGUCGUGGGCUGGGCAACAUUUCCCAUGUGCGAUAACAACUUUUGUCUAGUGGAAGGAAAAUUCAAGUGUCCCCUUCUCCGAGGAAAGUACGACCGGAAACUGGACAGCUUCAGAAAAAUUGAAGAAUUGAUUUGCCAAGAUUUGAACCAGUGGCUGUGCAAUUUGUAUUUUAAGGUAAUUAAAACUCCUUUGCAUUUGAGUGAUCAAAAAAGCCACGAGAGCCGCAGGCAGCUUUCUCCCGAACGUCCUGUGUGCUUAAUGGUGGAGGCAGAGAAUGCAGAAUUUGAUUUGGAUAAUACAGCUGGCCCUUCAAAGAAAGAAGCCCCAAGAAACACUCACGCUGCAAUGGACGGCACCAUCCACUCUUCCCAGGGGGACAUUUCUAAUAAAACUGAUCCCUGCCCUAGGGACUGCGAUCUCAGCCUCUUCAAAGAAAUCCAUGACUUACAUGCUAAGGUAAGAAGAUGUGGUGACCAUUCUGUGAAGGAAAGAUCUACUGUGUGGAGACCCAGAGAGCCUGAAGAUUUCUCAGGGUAUAUAUCUUACCUGGAGGAAUUGGAGAAACACCGACUUUCAGUUUGCUGCUCUCCUAUUGUAGAUGGCUGUGGAUCUGGGGAGGUAGCCAAACACCUCCACUUUACAUCGGUGUCCUUGUUUUCAGAACUUGAAUUAGCUCAAUGGCAGAGCCAGGGAUUCUGGUACCUCCUGCUGCUGAUGGCUUCUCUCUGGUUCCUGAGGCUCUACCUGCAUUAUCUGGGCCAGUGGCUUUUCCUCUGGGCCCUUUCAACUCCAGUUACAAAAUUCCAGUUUUAUUCCUACACUGUUGAGCUCUGCUACCCGACUUCUUCACUUCACGUUGGCGAAGAGCUGGCUGUGAUUGCGCUGGGGCCAUUAGCUCUGAACACAAUAACAUUCCCCUUGCUUCUGAUCAGAUGGGGCUGUCAGCUCCUGUUCUCCUCCCGCCCGGAUGCCUUGUCAAAGCUAAUAAUCACGAUGGGAAUAUGGACAGUUCUAGACCCAUUGGCAGUGUUUAUAGUGGAUGCUUUCCUGGGGCGACUUGCACAUAAUGAAGAGACUCCCAUCGCAGAUGCAGCUAAACUCUACUGGAUGUUUGUGAGAAUCAAGCACCCCGCCAUCCUGGGUGUCAUCAUCACAGGGGUGCUUUACACUCUGCUCUUUGUCAUUUCUUCCUUGAUUCUGUACUUGUAUUGUCUAAGGUUGCACAAUGACUCUUGGAUAUUAGAUGCAUUUCAGAGAAGCCACAGUGAGGAAGCCAAGUUUUUUAUACCAUACGAUUUGGAAAUUUCCAAUCAGGAGCUGAGCCACAUCGUGAAAAAGUCUGAGCAGUGGAGAGGGCUCAAUGGAGAGAGAAGGAAGGUGGCAGUGCACGAUUACAUGUGCAAAGGCCAUGGCCCCAGCUCCAGUGUCUUCAGCUGUGACCCCCACCCUCAGGAUGAAAUUUCUGCAUCUGCAAUUGGUCCAGGAGGGGUUACUUCCCACAUUUCCGUAUACACUGUUUAUCCCAGUGGGUUUCAAGAGUUGUAUCGCCAUUUUCUCAGGCUCCCAGAUGGCGCCAUCAUUGAGGUGUUUGGUGACGUCAGUGCUUUGAAGUUUGUCCCCAGCAAAGUAAUCAUGGCUAUUGAGGAUGACAUAAGGCAAAUGGACACCGUGCAGAGAGAAACCUUGGUUACUGUUCAAAAGAAAUGA